AUUUAAGUCGAAAAAGUCCGAAAGUGGCGUCAAGUUAAAGCCAUAUGCUCAAUUUAUAAACCCUACUUCAGCACUUCUCUUUUCUUCACAAAUCUACACACAAAACCCUAGCUCUCUCUCUGGAAGCUUACUGCGUUUUUUUCUUCUCUUUCAAUAUGGCUCUACCAAACCAACAAACUGUAGAUUAUCCAAGCUUCAAGCUUGUAAUCGUGGGCGAUGGAGGAACUGGGAAAACAACUUUUGUCAAGAGGCAUCUUACUGGUGAAUUCGAGAAGAAAUAUGAACCCACUAUUGGUGUGGAGGUUCAUCCAUUAGACUUCUUCACAAAUUGCGGGAAAAUUCGCUUUUAUUGCUGGGAUACUGCUGGACAAGAGAAGUUUGGAGGUCUACGGGAUGGUUACUACAUUCAUGGGCAAUGCGCAAUUAUCAUGUUUGAUGUUACAGCCCGUCUGACCUACAAGAAUGUUCCUACAUGGCAUCGAGAUCUCUGCAGGGUUUGUGAAAACAUCCCCAUUGUUCUUUGUGGAAACAAAGUUGAUGUCAAGAACAGGCAGGUUAAGGCAAAGCAAGUUACCUUCCACAGGAAGAAAAAUUUGCAAUACUAUGAGAUCUCAGCAAAGAGUAACUACAACUUCGAGAAGCCUUUUCUGUACCUUGCCAGAAAGCUUGCUGGGGAUGCUAAUCUUCACUUUGUGGAAUCACCUGCACUUGCUCCCCCAGAAGUACAAAUUGACUUGGCUGCACAGCAACUGCAUGAACAAGAGCUUUUGCAAGCCGCUGCUCAGCCACUUCCAGAUGACGAUGAUGAAGCUUUUGAAUAGAAGGCAUAGCUCAAAGCGAAUCAGUUUCACUGUUGCAUCUUUCUAUAUUCCUACUUAUAUUUUGUAUUUCCUAUAUUAGGCUGUUAGUAUUCGACUUUUGAGGAUUCAUUUGCUGCUUCCUAGUAUUAUAGAUGGGGUACUAGUAGUUAUGUUUGUCUGAGAGACCAUAAGCCUGUGGUUUAUUUGGCUAGAUAGAGUGUUAUAUUCUGAUCCUGAUGUAAGCAUGCACAUUCGCGAGCUCGGUUUGAGCUCUUAUUAUAAUGUUACUUGCCUACAUAUUCGAUAGUUUU